GGACUACGUAGCUGACUGGGAGGGGAAAGGACUCUUAAAUCGUUUUCCCCCCCCCCCUCCCCGCCCUCCACACCGAGAAGGAUGAUUUGUUAGUAGAAAUGCUUCGGAGGGUGUCCUUAGGGGGCGGGACUUAUUUUUGGAGCAGUUCGUUUGCACGUGUUUCGCCUCACUGGCUUGUUUGGCUGGAGGUGUGGUGGGAAGAUGUGAAAAGCGCCACGUUUGUGCUGUGACUUCCUCUCCUCUGGGCUCUCCCCUUGGGGCGCCAGGCCUUCUCUGCCAUCCAGUGGUCUUCCCAUCUCUGCAGCCGGUGGUCGAGUCCCCCUGGGUUUGAGAAUAAGGCCUAUCUGUCUCCCCAGGAGACCGGGAUAAGUUUGGUGAAGAAUUCUAGAGAUGUCCCCGGCCGUUUUCGGAGGCCCCACUUAUAGCCUUCCUUAUUAUGAUCCUCAAAGCUACCUCCUCCCUGUGGACGCUCGUUGAUAAUUCCCUCCGAUGCUCGGAGAGGUCUCAGGGACACGGAUGUAGGGAAAAUGAGGGACUGAGGUCGACCCCUCCCCUCCCCUCCCCGUACUUGUGGCAAUAGAAUGGAGAUUAAUGGCCUACUGUGUGCCCCAGUACUUUGCUAAACGCUUUACAAUAAAUCUCAUUUGCUCAUCGGGCUCUGAAGGUAACCAGUGUAAAAAACACCGUGACUUCUGAGAAUUCGAUUCAGCAAGCAUAGAUUAAGCACCUACUGUGUACAAAGUUCUGGAAUACCAAAAACUGAAUCAGGAACUUAAAUUCUACUGGAGAAGCAGGGAGUGGAGGCCCGGACAGCAUGACGACGGAGACUUUUGUGAAAGAUAUCAAGCCAGGACUUAAGAACCUGAAUCUCAUCUUCAUUGUGCUAGAGACAGGCCGAGUUACUAAGACAAAAGAUGGACAUGAGGUGAGGACCUGCAAAGUUGCAGACAAAACAGGUAGCAUCAAUAUAUCUGUUUGGGAUGAUGUUGGCAACCUGAUCCAGCCUGGGGACAUUAUUCGACUCACCAAGGGGUACGCUUCAGUAUUUAAAGGCUGUCUGACGCUCUACACUGGCCGUGGGGGUGAUCUGCAAAAGAUUGGAGAAUUCUGUAUGGUUUAUUCUGAGGUCCCCAACUUCAGUGAACCAAACCCUGAGUACAGUGCCCAGCAACAACCCAGCAAAACGGUACAGAAUGACAGCAGCUCUGCCAAUGCCCAGUCUCCAGCUGGCCCUCCUGCUGGUCCUCCAGCCUCAGAGAAUCAGAAUGGGAACGGCCUAACUACCCCCCCUGGGCCAGGCAGUGGCUCCCACGCACCCCACGCACCUCCUCACCCUAUUAGCACCCGAAUUACUCGAAGCCAGCCUAGCCACGCAUCUUCGGGCCCUCCGGGCCCCUCCUCCAACCCUGUCAGCAACGGCAAAGAGACCCGGAGGAGCAGCAAGAGAUAGCAGCACACCCUUCUCCCUCACUGAAGACAACUCUCUUCUGUGUCUCCCCACUAGGAACAAAGACUGCCCAUUGGGAGCUAGCUCUGUGUGUAUGGAAUGGGGGGUGUAUUUUAGCCUCAAACUCUCUGAGAUGAUGUGGAGGAGGGUAGUCAUCUCAUUUCUUAAGCCAGCCUCCCAUGCUCAAGUGAGAGUACUCUGUCUCCUGCCCCUUCAUUCUGGGCACUCCAAACCUCGCCAUUUUUAGAAACCAAACUUGGGGUGAGUAUGUUAAAUGUGUGUGAUAUGGGGGACUUCCCUAAUAAAUACUUACACCCAGU